GGUUCAGGCAGAGUGCAGAGGUGGAGAACCUGGUUGGUAUUGUGGGGUGAACCGGUGCUGGGAAAAGCUCUCUGGUCUCAGCUCUGUUCCGCCUGGCUGAACCUCAGGGGAAGAUCUACAUCGACGGGGUUCUGACCUCUGAGAUCGGCCUCCACGACCCGCGCCAGAAGAUGUCCAUCAUUCCUCAGGACCCAGUGUUCUUUACAGACUCCACGAGGAAGAGCUCCAGCAGCCGGCGCGUCUGUCCACAGCCAACGCGGACCCCAGGUACCGCUGACACAACUCGCCUCACCGGCAGGGGAAAAAUGACGCAUACUGCACCAGAACUGCACACAAUGACAGAAGAGCCGAUCCAGAGAACCAUCCGGGACAAGUUCAGAGAAUGCACCGCGCUCACUGUAGCUCAUCGUCUCAACACCAUCAUAUACAGCGACAGGAUGCCGGCGAGUCCUCCUACUCAUAGACUCUAGAAAAGAGUACUUGUUUAUCACCAUAGAAGUCAUCGUACAGCACGUUAUGAAAAAGACAGCGACGUACAUUAAAUUUGCCUCGGCGGAGGUCAUACUACAGUAUGUUGAAAAAAAUGUCAUAGUAUGCGCUAAAAAUACAUCACAGUAUAUGUUGAAAAAAGUGGCUUAGAUGAAAUUCAACUUUAUUGUCAUUGCACAUAGUACAACUGAAGAAGCUAUGUUGCUUGCGGUGGCGUUGGCUCAUAAAACAUUGCAUGAGGUGGCAUGAAAGAGUAGCAGAACAAGCUGUGAACUAGAGGACAGGAAGGUAAGUCACACCUGCUGCGAUUAGUGAUUGGCAGUGGCUCGUUGUCAAGGCGAGCACUGCGAUUGGCCGGUGUGCAAUCUGGAAGAGGUGCGGUCAGCUGUUGUGCAAUCUGGAACAAGCACGGUCAGCUGUUGAGCAAUCAGUCCGGGGCGAGUUCAGGUGCAGUUGCCGGCACAUAAGCCGGCAGUUUGUGGAGCGACAGCGGAAGCGGCAGUCGGGUUGCGCAUAGACGACAUUGUUGCUCAGACGCUCAUUUUGCAAAGACAGAUCUAUGCAAAGAACUGUCUUAGCAAACUUCGGUCUUCUCAAAAUGAGCGUCUGAGGAAAAGGGCGAGGGCACGGGGCUAUGCCACAAGUGCUG